UGCAAAGAGAGAGAAAUUUCUUUCGCCCCAUUAGUAGAGAGAGAAGCAGAGGAGGAGGAGAGAUCAGAAAAACAAGACUCAGCAAAAAUGAAGACAAUCUUGUCUAGCGAAACCAUGGAUAUUCCAGAUGGAGUGAAAAUCAAAGUAAAAGCAAAGAUGAUUGAAGUUGAAGGACCAAGAGGAAAGUUGAUUAGAAACUUUAAGCAUCUUAACUUAGAUUUUCAACUUAUUAAGAACGCUGAAACUGGGAAAAAACAACUUAAAGUUGAUGCUUGGUUUGGAUCUAGAAAAACUUCUGCUUCAAUUAGAACCGCACUUUCUCAUGUUAAUAAUCUUAUUACUGGUGUUACUAAGGGGUAUAAGUACAAGAUGAGAUUUGUCUAUGCUCAUUUUCCCAUCAACGCUUCAAUUACCAAUGGAAAUAAGGGUAUCGAGAUCCGUAACUUUCUCGGGGAGAAGAAGGUGAGAAAGGUCGAUAUGCUUGAUGGAGUCAGUAUUGUCAGGUCUGAGAAGGUCAAGGAUGAGCUUGUGUUGGAUGGGAAUGAUGUUGAGCUUGUCUCUAGAUCUUGUGCCUUGAUUAACCAGAAAUGCCAUGUGAAAAACAAAGAUAUCAGGAAGUUUUUGGAUGGUAUUUAUGUGAGCCAGAAAGGAACUGUUGAGGUCGAAGAAUAAAUUGGUGGUACUACUCUGGUAGUUUGGUCAAGUUGUUUUCUUUCUCCUGCCAUGAUGGCCUACUUAGUUGGAUACAUCACUUGUUGGACUAGUAUAGGUGGAGACACCUUUUUUCAUUUUGGGGUUAAACUUUUGUAGUGGUGAUAGUAGUAGUUUGAAGUAAUGGUUUGAUUUACAGAGAAUUUCUAACCAUAUUUGUGUUUUGGAUGAUUUGAGUACGUGUUUUGCUAGUUCCAAGUAUGUGGUUUCCUUAUGUAGUGAUGUGUUUGUUAUCCCAUUGCAACUUUUAUUGAUAUUCUAGGUUCUGUUA